AAGGCUACACUGAUUGGUACCGGAUGCACCUGUAUGCUAAUGAGCUGUGACUAAAUACCGAAGCACCACGGGAGUUUAAAUGGAAAAUAUGCGACAUUCUGCGUGUUUCUCGACGUUACAUCUGUGCCUUUGAGUUUCAGAUUUGCAGCUUGAAAUGGAUGAAACCUCAGAGGAGCACAGUGAGACUGCAAACAAACCUCUCCACCCUGCCUCCAGCUCCCCUCUACUGUCUCCUGUCUGCAGCUCCACCUACACAUGGCUGCCAGUCGACCCCUGGAUGAGCAUUUCGACGGAGAAGGACCAUCAACCAGGGGUGCAAUGGAGCCCCACGCCUCCGUUCUACGAGGAGCUCUACUGUACCAGCCACACGUCCAGCACUCCGGUCCCUCUGGUCCCUCUUGCAGGCGCCCUCCUGACCAGCUCCUCCCAGCCCCUGAGUGAUGUGGUCAAACAGGGUUACCUUGGGAAGCUGGAGCGGAGUCACAGAAGAUACUUUGUCCUGAGAGGAGGGAGUCACCUCGGGCUGAGCCGGCUGGAGUGGUACAAGAGUCAGGAGAAGUUCACAGCGGCUGAGAAGACUACUGGGGUAGCUGCGCUGUUUGGAUCAGGAAAACAAGGCUUGGUUUACCUGAGGUGCUGUCUGGGUGUGAGCCGGGUCAGCAGCUCCAGAAAAGGCCACACGGUGACGCUGUACGCCAAGGAUCAGACCGUGGUGCUGGUGGUGGAGGACCAGCGGGAGCAGGAGGAGUGGUACCUGGCUGUGAAGAAACUGAUGGAGGAGGAGCGGACUGAUGAGGAGCAUGGAGAAGGACUGGAUGAAGAUGAUGAUGGGUACUGCACUCUGCCUCCUGCUGCUUUCUUCAAAGAGGUGUGGCCGGUUACCGUGAAGCCUCAAGGUCUGGGUAGUGCUAAGUCUCUGGUAGGUGAGAGCCGGCUCUGUCUCACGGCGACGUCCCUCAUCCUGAUCAGAGUGAGCGCGUGUAAUGAUUUGCCGUCAGUUACAAUCCCGUUGCUGAGUGUCCGCCGCUUCGGUCACUUGGACGGAUCGUUCUUCUUGGAGCUCGGGAGGUCGGCGCCGAACGGUCCAGGAGAGAUCUGGAUGGAAGCCAAAGACCGAGGAAACCCAGCAGUAGCCCAGAACAUUCAUGAGGUCAUCCGUGACACAGUGAGGGAUCUACGGGCUCUUCCUGACUUCAACAGAUCACCGACAUCCAGCAGUAAUCAGCUUCAAAGCCUUUUGGCCUCUAAGCGCUGCAGGCCCAAGUACAGAGACAAACCAGUGAAUGUGAGACCACUUGGUUCCCGCCUCUCCCUCCCUCCUAGAACGCCUGAAACUCAAACGCAAAGCUACAUCGAGCUCAGAAAACCCGACAAACCUGAGCAUGGAUCUUCUCCGAGCUCCACCUCGCCUCUCAAACGGCAUCAGAGCUCCACACCUGAAACCUGCGGCUACAUGGAAAUGAAGACGGAGCAUCCUAACCCAGAGAAAGAGGAGCACCGCAGUGUUACAGCCAGUGAGAUGGCGAGCUGGGAGCAAGGUGAGGAAGAGGAGAAGGAGAAGGGGCUGGGGUACAUGAUGAUGUCACCACAGGCGGGCCCCAGCUCAUUUAAGCUGCCACAGGAUGACUAUAUGAACAUGGCGAGCCCACAUAAACACAAGCUGCUGGUGUACACUUCCUUUCAGACGUCGUUCAACAGCUCCACAUCCGACGGCUACUCUCCCGUGCGCCCGCCGCAUCAUCAGACCAGCGAGUGCAAUCUGCCAGACUGGCCGCUGACCUCAGUCGAAGCCGACCAAUCAAAGAGAAGCAACAGCUGCUCCAGCCAACCUUACGACGAGGAUGGGCAGGAGCAGAGUUCAGCUGAGCAGGGGCAUCACCCAGCAGGGUCCAGGGUCACCUCCACGCCUGUGAAGAAUGAAAAAGGCGCUGGUGACAUCACUAAUUUUCCUGAGAAUAGUCCAGGCGGUACCAGUCCAGUUCCCGGAACAGGGAAGUCUAGUCCUCUUCAAGCUGCACCAGAUCAGUCCAUCAGAAGGUCCCGGCUGUUCUUGUGUCUACCUUCCUGCUUAAAAGCUGAAGACAGAUCCUGAGUGUUUGUGAUGGUUCACUUUGUUUGUUUACAUCAUUAACGUGCAGCAGAAAAGAGAAUCAUUGAUCUGAUGAUGAAAUAAUGGAGGUGAAUAUGUCACUGUUGCAGUUUAUCACAUGCUGUCUUAAAUUUAAUACUGUUGUCUAUGUCAAAGAAAAGAUAUUGUAAUUGUUGUCUGUUUAUUGUUGUCCAAAAUGUCACUUAUUUUUUGUCUUUAGGUGUGGAAUUAAUCAAGCCUUAAAUAUUGUUGUACAGUGUUUUAAGAUGCCUAACUGUUACAUGAAUUGUUCAAAAAAAUAAAGUCACAUGGAUGCAAA